AUGAGAGAACAUAUAUUCGGAAAUGCCUUUGAAGAGAUACAAGGUCAGAUUGAGGUAUUGAAUCCAACAAAUUUAGAUGAGGAGCUCGAGGAGCGCGACUCCAUUGAGUUAGAAUUUGCCACUUUAAUAGCUACGGCUCAACAAUUUCAAACCGCUCAAGCAAGCAGUUCUAAGGCCAACGUUUUUGCUGCCACAAUAUCUGAGCGGAUUGAGACUGUUAAGGGUCACGCUCCCACUUGUGAGGUCUGUAAAGGCACACACCGAAUUUAUGAUUGCGAGAAUUUUAAAAGUAAAACUAUUGAAGAACGACAGGCGCUAGUGACUAAUUUAAGGCUUUGCCGCAACUGCCUCCGUAGGGGUCACGACGUAUAUUACUGUCGCGCGAGAUCUUGUCGCAAAUGUAAAAGGCGUCACAAUUCCUUAAUUUGUAGCAACGGUAAACAAUCAUGCCCUCAGGGCAAUGCUGCACCUGCAAUAGAAAAUGUGUCUCCUCCAGCAGCAGAGCUCACUGUUAACUUAGCUAGAGAUAAUGUCAAUAAGGUUACUCUUCUGUCCACAGCCUUGGUCGAGGCGGUUAAUCCAGUUAAUAAUAAAUCUGAAAUCGUGCGCGUCUUAUUAGACUGCGGCGCGGAGUCUAGCCUCAUAUCAAAGGGGUUGCAAGAUAAAUUAGAUUUACAGUCAACACCGGUGGAGCCUAUUAACUUAAUAGGAAUAGGCAAUGCAACUUCUCACUGUACAAACAAAGUUUGUUCUUUUCAUUUGAAAUCUUUGCACAGUGACUAUGUGGCGAAGUUGACAUGUCCGGUACUACCGGAACUCACAGGUGACAUCCCAAGGUUAUCAAUCAAUACAAACAACCUCAACAUUCCUUCCGAUGUUCAGUUAGCCGAUACAAAUUUUCAUAAAUCGUCACCAAUUGACGUAUUGAUCGGCGCUGAUCUAUUUUGGCACAUCGUAGGAUGCGAACGUCGAUCUUUAGGUUCAAACAAACCUUACCUAAUCAAUUCAGAGUUCGGCUGGAUUCUUUCUGGCCCCAUUUAUAUAGGAACUCGGCCCUCUAACUUAAAUUGCAAUUUCCAAGUUGUAAGUCCUCAAGCAGACAAUCUCGACAAGUUGCUUAUUCGAUUUUGGGAGCUGGAAGAAGCCUCGCCAAAGAAAUUAUUAAGCCCCGAUGAAAAGGCUUGUGAGGAACACUUCCAGGCUCAUACAACUCGAGAUUCCGCAGGCAGAUUUUGCGUGCGCCUACCCCUCAAGGACUCACCUAGCUGCUUGGGAAAUUCGUACAUCACUGCCAGGAAAAGAUUUUUAAACCUGGAGAAACGUUUUAGGGCACAACCCGAGCUCAAGGCUCAAUACAUUAAAUUCAUUAGCGAAUAUAUCAUUGCCCUGAUAGACCCACAAGAAAAUUUAACGCUAAGCGAAUCUACUAGCAUUUUAGGAUUGCAAUGGAAGCCUUCCACUGAUACCUUGAAUAUCGUGGUAAGCAUUCCAGAUCAGACAGGUGAUUAUAUAACGAAACGGUUGAUACUUUCACAUUCAUUUAAAAUAUUUGAUCCCCUAGGCCUUAUCAGCCCUUGUACAAUCCGACCUAAGGUACUCAUGCAGGAAUUAUGGCGUCGCAGCAUUGGCUGGGACGAACCAGUACCUUGUGACUUGCAGCAAACAUGGGAUGAGUUAAAACAGGACCUGAGCAAGUUAGAGUUCGCUCAGGUUCCCAGGUUAGCGCUUUGCGACUCACCUGUUAGCCUGGAGCUACACUCCUUUUGUGAUGCAUCUGCUACAGCACAUGGUUGUUGUCUCUAUAUGCGGUCCGGCAAUGAUAAUGGACAGGUAGUGGUUAGAUUGCUAUGCGCCAAAUCUAGGGUUAAUCCCAGCAAGCCGACUACGAUUCCUCGUUUGGAAUUGCUUGGAGCGUUGCUAGCUGCUCGGCUGUGCAAAUCUGUUCUCGAGUCCCUUCGGUGCAAGAUUUCACGCUGUGUCCAUUGGAGCGAUUCUAGCGUAGUGCUGGGCUGGUUACGCACCAACCCUAGCAAACUAAAGACAUUUGUUGCUAACAGAGUCAUAGAAAUCUCCGAGACUACUAAACCAGAAAAUUGGCGCCAUGUGCCUACAGCCUGCAACCCUGCGGACUUGAUAUCUCGAGGCACCAGGGCUAGCAGCCUCCUGGAUUCUGAUCUGUGGUGGUCAGGUCCAGAAUUUUUAAGUAAGGCAGAACCCUUUUGGCCAGUCAUGGGAGAGCAGGCUGAACGUGAACUACCUGAAAUAAAAAUUCAUUCUGUUCAAAUUUCUGAAAAUUUAAUACCUUUUGAAAGAUUUUCUAACUUAAUUAGGUUGAAACGUGCGUUUGCGUUUGCUUUGCGUUUCAUACACAAUGCUAGAAGCCCUAAAACAAAACGAGUUGGGCCUUUAACAGUCGAAGAAUUAGGUCAGUCUUUUACGCAACUUUGUAAAUUCGCUCAGCUUCAAUCAUUCUCGAAUGAAUAUCAUGCUUUAGCUAACAGCCGUGAUAUUUCAGCUCAAAGCAAUCUCAAAUCGCUCAGUCCUUUUUUAGAUAAAGAUGGCGUCAUGCGUGUUGGUGCCCGGAGUUGGGAAGUUGACGGUGCUACACCCCCGUGCCUCGGAGAGCACGUAAAGCCGUUGGUUCUGCGCCUUAACUCUCACUGGUCGUGUCGAGCAGUCGUCCCACUGGAGUAUGAGAGUGACAGAAGGAAUAGAGAGUGCACGUUGUGUCUGCGCGUACACCUGUGCACUAUAAUAUCUCCUGCGCAGUUGGCUAAUCUCAAUGAGAUUGGCCAGGAGAAGAUCAUAACUUUACUCAUGAUU